AUGUUGAAGAUGGUGCAUUGCAUGAGACUGGAAGAGGAGGCAAAAAAGAAACUUGAAGAAUUUCUGCACAAUGUCCACAACAGAAACUUUGUGUGGAUGGAUGAGAUUCUUGAAGAGGCUAUCAAGAUGUUCAACAGCGGUUCUGAUGGAGAACCGGACCUGAUGCCAAAAACUCCAUCACAGAAAAAUCGCCGGAAAAAGAAGCGUCUUUCUUCUGUUAAGAAAGAUAGUUUUUCUACGAAGAGAUUGUCAAAAAGAGAGGGUACCCGGUCUUCUAAACGGAUUGCCCAAAGUCUCCAGCACAAAAAUAAAUCGGAAAUUCAGGUUGCUGACGAAGAGAACACCUCUCCUUGUCGUCGUGUGACCAGAUCUCGGGCUGUCAAAUCCGCCAGACACUCAGAUGCUGCUCUUAAGAAUACAGCUAUUCAUUUAGCCAAGGGGCGGAUACCACUAGUAGAAAUCAGUAUUAAUGAGAGGAGCAGUGCAGAAUUCAAGAUGGAAGAAACACAACCCCAAUCAGAAAAGGUUGCUUUGACCCUCACGCUGCCAUCUGAUGAUAGGUCCUCUAAAAAGAGAUCGCAGACUUUGUCCAAAGCUGCUUUGCUUGUGGUCCCAGACACCCCUGAAGCAAAAAUAAUGAAAGAGGGACGGGAAGCAUGCAAGUUGAAAAUAGCAAAUGUAUCCAUUGCCAGAACCACUGCAAAUAAAAAACCCAACGCUCAGGAGGAGAAAUCCUGUGUCCAACAGGAAGAAAAUAGCCAGCCUUCCAAAAUGGAAGUCACAGAGAACGUGAGUGGGAGUCCACAGACGCCCACAGCUCCGAAAGCAAACCGUCACUCCGUACGGCGAAGCCUAAUCGGUAGGACCUCCAUGAACUGCAAAGCCUCUCUGGUUGAGAGAUGCUCGCUAGGUGUCAAAAGGGAAAAAAUGGUCCGGAAAUCUAUUGGCAGGGCUCUGCCCAAACGUAAAACAACCCAGCGGUCAUCGUCUGCUUGUCGGCGUAGGAGCUCUCGGACUGCUAUGGAGAAAUUAGUGGAUGAACAAAUUUCUGAGUCUGGACCAGAAUCAGACCCUACUUCUCAUUCUCAAGAGGUUGAUGAAAACCUCAGGAUGUCCCUUCGUUCUCACAAUGAUGGUGUGACUGUAACUAUGCAACCUCAAGAAGAACUGGAAGAAGGAGGCUGCAACGAGGGCCGCUCUGAAAAAAGCGAUGAGGUGCAAGCACAACCCCAGAGUGCCAGGAGAAAACCAAGCUACAAGAGAGCAGUUAAUGAGCUUGACGGUGGACAGCACUCAGAAGAUGAACUCUCCCCGCCAAGGAAGAAGGCUCCAUCUCCUCAGUGCCCCGCCAGCAACGUUGUUCGCCCUUUCAAGACAUUCUUGCAUACGGUGCAUAAGAACAAGAUGCUCAUGAUGACCCCUGGCUCCAUGAGUCGAAACAGUACCAUAAAAUCGUUCCUCAGACAAAACACUCCCCUCCGAACCACUCCCAAGGAAAAGGAAAGGCAACGGUUAGAGAAUCUGAAGAAGAGGGAAGAGGCUGAACAACAAAGGAAGCAUAAAUUGGAGGAGGAAAGACGACGGCGAUUGGAGGAGAUGAAGCGGAAGCGUGAAGAGCGACUUCGCAAGGUGCUGCAGGCUCGGGAGCGGGUAGAACAGAUGGAAGAGGAGAAGAAGAAGCGGCUUGAGCAAAAGCUUGCUCAGCAUGAGGAGAAGAAUGAGAAGGUGCGAGAGGAGAAGAUGGCGGAAGACAAAGUCAAGAAGAAGGCAGCUGCCAAGAAGUUAGAAGAACUUGAAGCCCGGCGCAAACAGGACGAGGAAGUUCGGAAACAGAGAGCUCUGCAGCUAGAGGAAGAAGAGCGUAGACACAAAGAGCUAAUGCAGAAGAAAAGAGAGGAGGAGGAACAUGAGAAAGCGAGGAAGAUUGCAGAGCAGCGUCGGGCAGAUCUGGAAAGGGAGAAAAAGAUGUCUGCUGAGAGGGAACGGGAGAAGAAGAAAGAGCAGGAAAGGCUUCAAGCACAGCGGGAGCAUGAACGGCAAGAAAAAGAGAAAGCUGCUCGCUUGCAGAGAGAGCUUUUAGCAGCAGCAAAGGAGAAGGAGCGACUCAAAACAGAGACGGAGGAGAAAGAGAGGAAACUGCAGGAACAGCGGAAGCAAGAGGAGCAGCAGCAGAAAGCUGCUUCAGAGGCUGAGGUGACGGCAGCUCAUAAACAGCUGAAUGUGACGGUGGAUAUUGAGAACUCUCCUGUCUGUAAUUCCUACCAGAUGACGCCACAAGGCCCAAAGCAGCCCAAGCUUGAUCUGAAUAAUUAUGGGAUGGAUUUGAACAGCGAUGAUUCCACUGAUGAUGAAAGCCAGCCCCGCAAGCCCAUCCCUUCUUGGGCUUCUGGUAAUCAACUAAGCCAAGCAAUCAUACGUCAAUAUUAUAAUCCACCUGACACCAAAGUGCUUUUUGGAGUUGUGAAGAGUCCCAAACUGGAAGAAAUCUUCUAUAAGAGCAAGCCACGCUAUUUCAAGCGCACUAGUUCUGCAGUGUGGAACUCUCCCCCAUUCCCAGGUGGCAAAUCUGUAUCAUCUACUUUCAAGAGAUGCUGAUCUUUUCAAGAGCUCUUUUAGGUAGAGCCCUUGUCUGGUGUUUUUUGUGCAAGAAGAAAAUGUGUUUUAAAU